CUAUCGUGGAAAUAGAAUCGGCAAUUUUAAAUAGGAGUCCUUUGAGGGAUGAGAGAAUCCUGUGAUCGGCGUACCGGAUGCACACGUCCGACGAAAGUAGAGUGACGCGAUCGUGCCGGAAAAAUCGACGAUCGAGAGGCUGAGUGUGCGGGUACAUUACGAGAGAGAGAGAGAGAGAGAGAGAAAGAGAGAGAGAGAGGGAGAGUGCCAAGACCUCUCGAUGUGAAAUUAACUUGCGAAAGAUGGAACGAGAGUCGCGAGAGAAACUGUGAACUGAAUUUCUUUGUUACACACAGAUGAAAACGUGAUCGUUCGAGCGCGGAAAAAAUCGGGACCAAUCGGAAUGUAAACGAAUAAUCGUCAGCCUCGACGUAAGGAUUUUACGAGAGCAUAUUGGCCUUUCUCCACUUUGGUUUAAAUCGUUUUUAAUCGAAACGGUAUCGAUUCGUCGAUGGCCUAACAUCGACCAUGUAGUCGCGAGGCGACGUCUCAACGGUGAGGAGCUAAAUCAGAAGUCGCGCGGGGUUGUGUUUCCGAAUUAAGUAGUGCGAGAGGGACGCUUUUUUUCGCUCAGUGAUUUUUAAUUAUUUACGAACUUCCAGUGCAGGUGUGCAAUGUGAACAUAUGAACAAAUAACUCCGACUUUGUCCGCGGAUUUGUCACGGCGAAAUGAAGGACCUCGAGCGUCUCUGCCAGAAGAAUAGUUAGAUCGAAUUACGGCCUCAUCUACCGCAGCCCCGUUCGACAUCAUUAUGAUUAAGCAACUGCAUCAAUUUCUGUGCCAAGAAACGCGAUGACUGCCAGCGCUUCUUGGAGACAACGGUGUCCAGUUGAGGGAAGAUGAACGAGAUGGAGCAGAUUCCUGAGGGUUGAGACCGCGUGGAUCCUCGAGAUGAUCGGUUGGAGAAUGCAGCCGACCGCCUCGGUGCUCGGCGUCAUCGCCAUUGUCUUCGUCAUGAUUACUGUCACUGCAUCAGAAGCGGAGAACGAUGCCAUUGAGCGUGGCAUUAAUCACCUCGAUGACGAAGAUCAACGCAUCGACGAGAGAAUCGCGAAGAAUCGCACUGUCGAAAUCGCUGGCUGGCCUCGCGGCAACGACACAACAGCCCUCGAGGAGGUCGUUUCCGUUCUCACGGUUGAGUACCCGACCUCGACAAAGGCCUCACCCCCGCUCGUUACCGCGACGGAUUCUCGCGUCGACAACGCAUCGAGGAAAUACGCAGAUGAUCAGAUGAUAUUCGCCUCGAAGAGGAUCGAGGACUCGGGACAGGCGGAAGAGGCUCUGUCGAAAAGAUUGGACCACGAAGACGUUCGAGGGACGAACGAGUCGACGAUAGAAAAGUCGAGGGACGACUGGCCGACGAUGAUAUCGGUGGAAAGGGAGGAAGAUGUUACGGAAGCGAGAAACGUGCACGAUAUCAGGGCGAUCUCGUUCCAAGUACCGCCGCUGGAGAGGGAGGAAGAUCAGCAGGACAGCCGACAACAGGGAAAGACUAGCAUCAGCCAUAUGGAUGAAACGAGGAAGUUCGGCGAGGCCAGGAAAAAUCAGUCGAGACCGGCGAAUAACUUGCUGACCGGCAAAUCGACGAAGGCCUUCUACGAGAUUAAACCGUCGAUCAGGACUCUCGAAACGGAGCGCGGUCGUGAUCAUCAGUUCCAAAUAACCACCCACCGAACGUUGUUGGAUAGGAAGUUCAUCUUGCCCAGCGACAGCGCUUUUGGAAAGUUCGGCCCGUAUUUCGAAGACGGCGACCAAGAGAUCAAUGUCACCGCGAGAAUCGGCAGCACCGUUUUGUUGGACUGCAAAAUCGGCAUGCUAGGUGAUAAAAAGGUAACCUGGUUGCAGCAUAACAAGGACUUCUUUCGUCUGUUGACAGUAGGCAGAACGCCGUAUAGCAACGACCAAAGAAUGAGCCUGAAUUUUCGAUAUCCCAGCAAUUGGAGACUGCAGAUAUUGUACGCGAAUCCGCGCGACUCGGCGUUGUAUCAGUGCCAAGUCGCCACGCAUCCGCCUCUGGUUAAAAAGAUCAACGUCGUCGUUACAGCUCCAUCUCUAACAAUUAGCGACGACUCUGGACGUAUAGUUUCCAGGGAAAGGCAUCUGAAAGCAGGCAGUGUCCUCAGACUCAGGUGUGAGGCGAGAGACGUACUUGAGACGCUCAACGAAUCGGUAAUUUGGACCAGAGGAGACGAGACACUUACAGAGGACAUUAGCGAGAACAGAACGACAGAGAUCUCGGCGGGCAAGGAGGUCCUCGUGAUCGUCAGUACUCUCAUCGUGGAGAGAGCCAGCCCCAGACACGCGGGGAACUAUAGCUGCAUGGUGCCCGGCAAAGCCAAGACCACCGUCGCGGUCCACGUUCUUAACGGUGAACUGCCAGCCGCUGUACACGACGGGAACGGAGUUUCGAGAGCGUUCCUUAAUCUUUGGCUGGUUCACCUGACGAUGAGCUAUGUCUUCACCAGAUGACAGUAUUAAGAUUACACCAAUAACUUCUGAAUUCUCAAUCCGGAUGCAUUCGUAGGGCAUGAAACAUCGUGAUGGGCGUAGACAGGCUAGAUGCAACGAUGCAGUUUCGGUGCAAUAAAUUGUAUAUUCUUCACCGCGUUUACGCAUCAUCACAUCGAUCGAUGACCAGCCGGUGCACGUAAAACUGCAUCGCGUGAUUCGAACUUGUUUCGAUAAUAUUGAACAGUAAUCAUACGAUUUCUCGCGUCGCAAUGUUAGUGGCGCAAGACGCAUGCUUUCGUGCGAGUACGUAAUUUCGAGGAGCUUGAAAAUUGAAAACUCGUAGUGACUUGACGUGAUUCCGACGUGAGCUGAAACAACAGGAUGAAAAUUAAGACGAGCACACUCGAGAAUGGAUCUCGAGAAGAUGUCGGAUAGAAGAUUCUUCAUCGAGACAAAAAUUUAUUAAAGUGGGCCACUAGUGUACAGAUUAUUAAUUUACUUUCGUUGAAAUAAGUCGAGAAAAACUCUUCGCGAAGGCUUCAACGUCCUUUGCUCAUCGCCGUCUGCUGGUGAGGAAUAUCAGCGUGUCGAUAAGACAAGACCGGGCGCUGUGAUGGCGAAGCCAAUGGCAGGUUGCACGGUAUACGCUUCUCCAGAACUUUAUCUACGAGAAGAAAAUGCUCUUCUUUCGAAGCAAAUUUUUAUUUCCGCGAAAGCUGUGGCGUCAUACUUGGUGAGAGGAGUUUCUUUACGAUAUUCUAAACGCGGAAUACACAUACAACUGCCCGUUAUUAGAAAUGUAAAAAUUAAUGUUUUAUUAUAAAUUCGAGUGUUCAAAGUUGAAAUAUAAUGUUGAAAUAUGAAUUUAACACAAAUUGUGUAAACUUUUUUAAGUAACAUAAACUUUUUAAAUUACUACAUAUUAUAUACUCAAUACAUUAAAAUUUAUUAUGCUUUUCGUUUGUAAACUUGCAAUAGCAUUACUUACGACAAUUAAUUUGAAGUACUUUAUACAUUUGGUAUAGAUUGUAAAAUACCUCUUUUGAUAAAACAUUCACCAGAGUUUUUCACUGUCAUCGCACUAGGUUUCUAAGCGUUAUUUCAGAAAAGAGAAGGCUCGGCAAGUAGGGCAGUGCUGAGUAUCAGCAAAUAUCGCGACAGGAAACUCGGCACGUUUUGCCGUUGCAGAGAGAGAUACUCUUCGGAGGAACGAAUUUUAUACAAUAAAAUAUGACAUAGAAAAUAAUUAACGGCAAAGGAUAAACCACUAUUUUCCACUAGAUCAAAUUCGCUUUAAACGAACAUGUUACAUGCUUUGUUUGCUCUUUAAUUUUUCAAAAGCAAGGGAGGAAAUUCAAACAUAUUAUAAUAGACAUUGAAAUUUAUACAAAACACUGAACACAGUAAAUAUUGAAAUUUUUAUACCUAUUAAAUCUGUUACACUUUAUGCGUUUAUGAAAUUCUGGAUGUUAUUAGAAUAUCUUUUUCUAAUACUAAUUGCAAUAUUAUAUUUUUAUUAAUUGUAACAUGAAUAAUUGCCUCAAAACAACACACACAUUUAUGUUUAAGAAUGUAUUCGUUAUAAAAUUUUUAUUGUGUUAAAUAAGUUUAAUUGAAGCAUUUCAAUUUAUCGCAUUUUUUAAUAAAAAGCUAAAAAGUCAUACUUUUGUCUUAAUGGAGGAAAUUUAAAAGAGCAAGAAAAGCGUGUGCAAACCGUUUUAUAUUCCUGAUAAUAAAUCUCCAACAUUAAUAUUCACUUUUUUAUGUUAGUGCCGAAGUUUUUCUAAAACUUCUUAUUUUUAAACUUUAAAUUUCAAAAUAAAAUUCUUUCUUUAAAACAGCUACAUAACAAAGGCCAAUUAUCUAAUUAUCAAAUAUUCUUUUGAUUUUUUGGCCAAUAUGACUCGCGUGGUGGCUUUUCGAGAAAGAAUUUUUUUGCGUUUCAAAUAUCGGACGUAGAUAGAGACACGAUUAUCGAUUUAUGCAGAUUUAGUUAUUAUAUGUCAAUCAAUAAUUGAGGAUACAAUGUGUCCGAAGAUGCGAAAUAACGAAAGAUAUUUCUCUCUGCUAUUCCCUUUAUGCCUUUCUUUUCUCUUUACUCCCCCAUCUCAUUCUCUCCCUCUCUGUUAUUCCAUCUUGCAAUUUCAUUUUAUGAAACUCCCGGCUCAGAAGUGCUUUUAUACUCAAAACACCACCCUGAAUUAUUUGUGCACCAUUCGGCACACCACAUCGCGCCGGGGCGAAGCGAAAGAGAAUGGAAAAGAGCAUGAAACAGGAGCCGAACGAGUUACAUGCGAAGAAACGCAAGCGAAACUAACGAACUGCAUGACCCGACCGGAUAAACUUAGUAGAACAACCUUGUUAUAACUUUCAGGUAAUAGGUGGAAUCCGAAGAACGACCCCGAAGAGAUAUUUGGACUGAUACAAUUGUACAGGGUGUCCUGAAGGUACAGAAUAUGAGAUUCAAUCUCCACAAUUGACGUAGGUAGAACGAUUUGUAAACAAUUAUGAUAAAAAAGUGAACGGAUUGAUUAAAAGUGUUAAAGUGUUGGUUUGUAAUUUUAACAUAUUUGAUUUAGUAUCAAGAUAUUAGACAAUUAUAUUAAUUUUGUCGUUUUCAAGAAAAUAGGCUAAAUACAGCGUAUUCUUUAUGUAUUAAUAAAUUUAUAUCACUUUACGUUAUAUCAUGAAUCAAGCGCGAAAUUCGUCUACUAGUUGACGACACACGUGAUAGCCACAUGAUUUUUAUCCUAUGCGCAAUGAUUAGUCUCUGUUGGUGAAAUCUCACUGUUAUGGUAAUACAUUAUAUAAAUUAAAAAGCGCUAUGCAAUCGAUAUUUAUAACAAACUAAUGAAAAUACAGCUUCUGUAUCUAACGUUAGAUCUAAAUUUAAAUUUGAUAAAAUGAAAAAAUGUGAAAGUUUACCAGGUUCCUUUAGCUGUCAUUUCUUAACAACUAAAGAUCUUAAAUUCAAGAUCUGAAAUUUCUGGCCUGAAACUUCUUGGCAAUUAAAUUGUAAUAAAUAACGCGAAAAGACAUAAACAGAGAAAGAAAUAUUUUGCUGGUCUUCUGCAAGCGUGCAUAUAUCGCGUAACAAGUACAUAUUCGUAUAGUACUUGCAGUAUUCUGAAAAGAAAAGUAUUCUCGCAUGCAGCGCGUUCAGGACACCAUGUACGGAAUAUGGAAGAGGAUGGGUCCAAUUUGGACAUAGCCGAGGAAGAUGCUUCUUCUUGUCGAGGAAGUAUAUACUGAGAAAGUCCUCUUUUCUUUUCUUCCUGUUAGUUACCUUACGGCGAUGCCGUAUUUCUCUACUAUUCAAAGCAUACUAUCCAAUAUUCGCGGUACGUAUUGACGUAAGUGCCAACAAGGAUUCGCUGCUUGUUUGCUAAGAGCAACCGAACGCUCGACCUAGUUAACGGAAAGUCAUGCAAUUUUCCACACAAAUAGAUUGGCGUGUAGCCUCUUGUCUAUUCGCACAAUAUUUAAUUGCAUUCAGAAUCUAUUCUUCUUUCAAAAGCACGUUUAGCAAAUACGGCAGCGUGUUCGAGGAUGAAGAGGAUGUAAGUAAAUAAUCGACUCGUUUUAUGUAACGAUAAUGCUGCCAGGCGAUGCAAAUUAAUCUAUAAUAAUUUUUUCUGCAAUUUCAAAAUUGGUAUCCAAAUUAUAAUUUGACUAGCACGAUCUAUGAUUUUAAAUUCUUAACAAAGUCAAUGGAAACUUUGAACUAAUUAAUUCUUGGACUAAUCUCUAAAAACAUUGCCGAACUUUUCUAAAGCAAUUAUAAAAUCGGUAAAUAUAU